AUUUCGAGGAGUUGAGGAUUAUCUUCAUCAUCUCUUUCGAUUAAUCAGCUGUCUUUGCUUCUCCCUGCACUUGAUAGAUGGUUCUGUCUCCCACAGUUCACAUUAGGUGACCAACAAAGACUCACUGGGGGAGAAUUUUCAGAGGAGGGGAUCUCCAGUACAAUGUUGAAUAGAAGCGGUGAUGGGGGCAUCCUGAUCUUGUUCCUGAUUUUAAAGGGAAUGCUUUCAGAGUUUCACAAAUAUGGUUUCUAGUUUUAGGGUUUCUGAACUACAAGUAUUACUAGGCUUUGCUGGACGGAAUAAAAGUGGACGGAAGCAUGACCUCCUGAUGAGGGCGUUGCAUUUAUUGAAGAGUGGCUGCAGCCCUGCGGUUCAGAUUAAAAUCCGAGAAUUGUAUAGACGCCGAUACCCACGGACUCUUGAAGGACUUUCUGAUUUAUCUACAAUCAAAUCAUCGGUUUUCAAUUUAGAUGGUAGCUCAUCACCUGUAGAGCCUGAGUUGGCCGUGGCUGGAAUCCACUCGUUGCCUUCCACUUCAGUUACACCUCACUCACCGUCCUCUCCUGUUGGUUCUGUGCUGCUUCAAGAUACUAAGCCCACGUUUGAGAUGCAGCAGCCAUCUCCCCCAAUUCCUCCUGUCCAUCCCGAUGUGCAGUUAAAAAACUUGCCCUUUUAUGACGUCCUUGAUGUUCUCAUCAAGCCCACAAGUUUAGUUCAAAGCAGUAUUCAACGAUUUCAAGAGAAGUUCUUUAUUUUUGCUCUGACACCUCAGCAAGUUAGAGAGAUAUGCAUAUCCAGGGAUUUUUUGCCAGGUGGUAGGAGAGAUUAUACAGUCCAAGUUCAGCUGAGGCUUUGCCUGGCAGAGACAAGUUGCCCUCAAGAAGAUAACUAUCCCAAUAGUCUGUGUAUAAAAGUAAAUGGGAAGCUGUUUCCUUUGCCUGGCUAUGCACCACCACCUAAAAAUGGAAUUGAGCAGAAGCGCCCUGGACGCCCUUUGAAUAUCACGUCUUUAGUUAGGUUAUCUUCAGCUGUGCCAAAUCAGAUUUCCAUUUCUUGGGCAUCAGAAAUUGGGAAGAAUUACUCCAUGUCUGUUUAUCUCGUACGACAGCUCACGUCAGCCAUGUUAUUACAGAGAUUAAAAAUGAAAGGUAUUAGAAACCCUGAUCAUUCCAGAGCACUAAUUAAAGAAAAACUUACUGCAGAUCCUGAUAGUGAAAUUGCUACAACUAGCCUUCGGGUAUCCUUGAUGUGCCCUUUAGGAAAAAUGAGAUUGACAAUCCCGUGCCGUGCAGUGACUUGUACACACCUGCAGUGUUUUGAUGCUGCCCUUUAUUUGCAAAUGAAUGAGAAGAAGCCCACCUGGAUUUGUCCUGUGUGUGACAAAAAAGCUGCCUAUGAAAGUCUAAUCUUAGAUGGGCUUUUUAUGGAAAUUCUCAAUGACUGUUCUGAUGUGGAUGAGAUCAAAUUCCAAGAAGAUGGUUCUUGGUGUCCAAUGAGACCGAAGAAAGAAGCUAUGAAAGUAUCCAGCCCACCAUGUACAAAAAUAGAAAGUUCAAGUGUCCUCAGUAAGCCUUGUUCCGUGACAGUAGCCAAUGAGGCAAGCAAGAAGAAAGUGGAUGUUAUUGAUCUAACAAUAGAAAGUUCUUCUGAUGAAGAGGAAGACCCUCCUGCCAAAAGAAAGUGCAUCUUUAUGUCAGAAACACAAAGCAGCCCAACCAAAGGGGUUCUCAUGUAUCAGCCAUCUUCUGUAAGGGUGCCCAGUGUGACUUCGGUUGAUCCUGCUGCUAUUCCGCCUUCAUUAACAGACUACUCAGUACCAUUCCACCACACGCCAAUAUCAAGCAUGUCAUCAGAUUUGCCAGGUUUGGAUUUUCUUUCCCUUAUUCCAGUUGAUCCCCAGUACUGUCCUCCUAUGUUUUUGGAUAGUCUCACCUCACCCUUAACCGCAAGCAGUACGUCUGUCACCACCACCAGCCCCCAUGAAAGCAGUACUCAUGUUAGUUCAUCCAGCAGCAGGAGUGAGACAGGGGUCAUAACCAGCAGUGGAAGUAGCAUUCCUGACAUCAUCUCAUUGGACUAAAGGACUCACUCGAUUCUAGGAAUCAUUCAUGAAAACUGCUCUGUCUUGGAUCUCUGGUCCGUGGAAGCUAUAUAUAUAUAUAUUUUUUGUAACAAUUGCUUUGAUAUUUAUUGAACUGUCAAAUGGAUUCUUUUGCUUUCUGAGAAAUGAACACAGAUGACUGCAGCAAGAACCAAGUGACAUGCGAGGAUUUUUCUUAUUCAAGCUGUACUCUGUGCAUCAGAUAUAUUCAGCCAUAACUGUUAUCUUCUUGAGAAAUGGAUUUCAAUUUCAUGUUCCUGAAUGGAUUCUACCAAUCAGUUUUUUUUUUGUUGUAAUAAACAGCAAUAAAAUUAUGUAAAUAUUCAAGUAAACUUUUUUCUAAUGAAAAAGAUGUAACAAAUGAUUCUAAAAUGACAGCAACUUCUCUUAAGCUGAUGUGAAGGAAAAAUUCAUGGAAAGAAGUUAUGUUUGCUGAUGAGUUCUUUCCACGGAGAUUUGUUCUAUUUCAUCGACGUAAUGAAGUCUUCAUAAGUGGCCAAAACUUGGGUUGUUCUUCUUCCUGCAGUUCUACUUUUCUUCCUGAUCCCAUCAGAGAAAAAUGGCUUUCGUGUUAACAUUUUUCCCUGGUUGUCAUUUAUCCUUUGACAUUGUUUGCUAAUGAAUGUGGAGUUAAGUUCUGGGAUUUGGCUGCUGUGUGUUGGUGAUUGUGUUGAAGAACACUAUGCAGAUUCUACCCUGACUAUGUUAUUUUUGGUAAUUGUAUAUUCUCACUCUAGAGAUUUCUAUAGCUUGGGCUUGCCUUCUCAAAAAGGUUCUAUGCAGCCAUCAAGUGGAAUGUUUUUGGUAUGUUCUGGCUGGAAUAUUCAUUAGAAUUUUGUUGGUGCUGUCCAGAAAUAACGAGAGCUUGGAGGCAGUGGAAGAACAGAUUUAGGCGAGAUGGAAAUAACAAAAGUUCAGUUUCUUCCUAACAGCUAUUUUGCUUAUUUAUUUUAGAGAAUAAAUUUGAGUCUUUGUUGAAAAAGACUCAAAUUACUUUAAGUCUUUUCGGGUCUUAGUAACCUGACAGAGUGUUAGGUCUUGGCCAUACUUCCCACCAAUGUAAUUUCAGUCUCAGAACAAGGAUUUUCAAAAUUGAAAAGCAAACAGUAGGAAGGGAUAGGGAAAGCAUCAGACUUUCCACUUUUUUAAAGGAAAUCUUCCCCCCGACACCAUGAAAAAAAUAGAGUUAACAGUGUUAAGUAAGAAAGUGUGGAGGAGGAUGGACUUAAAACCCACUUUGAAACCUAUUCUCCUAUAGUUUGACUUUAAAUCCUUUAGGAAACUGAGUUAUUUCCUUAGAUUUCAUCCAAAUUUUACAUAUUGCUGCAUUUGGCCUCCUGUUCAAGGAGUUAGUAUGUUUCCAGUGUUUAGCUUGCUCUACUUAAGAUGUAUCCACCUUAAAAAAUAAACUGACUGAUUGAUUUUUCAAACUGAAGUGCCGGUACUAGGACUCUGCCAGAUGCAGCUAGAAUAGGGCCGUGCUACUAGCAUCGGUGCACUGCCAUGGGACUGAGUAGUUGCUGCUUGUUUUUGUUUUUUGGGGUUUUUUUUUUUUUUUUUUUUGUUUUUUUUUUUUUGACACCAUCUCAUGUUUUCCUGAUCUCUGCCCUCCUUUUGAACUGAUUCAAUUUCAUGUGAUUUUUCAUCCAUUCUUUGACUUAUCAUCCCUUUAAUGUAUUGCCCUUUUUGGAGAGCUGUUUAUCAUUAAAGAUGUGGAACACAAACCUUGCCGUAGCUGCACCAUAGUUGCCAGUUUUACCUUCUUAGCCAUUAGAUUUCCAAAUCAUGUUACAGUUUUUGGUCCAAUUAUAGAGUUUCUUUUUAGUAAAAUUUUAUGUUGCUGCUCUAAAUACACAUGCAAUUUGUGUUAACUCUGUAAUCAGAAAAAGUAACCUGAUUUGUGUGAUAUAAUUUGUUAAUAAAGAAAUGUUGUAUAUUUGUUAUCACUUUGUUACCCAUUAGAUUCUCAGAUACCCCUCUUCCAACAAAGUUUUAUAAGGUAAAUGAAAAUAUUGAUAGAAAUUAGUUUAUUUACUUGGAGCUUAUAACUGUUACCUCUGUGCUUUUAUAGUACUUUUCUUUCUCACUAUUGUGUGUGAACAGUUUUAGUGUUCGUUUUUGUGCUUUACAUUGAAAUUACAUGUACUUUUUAAAUUUAUCUCAUACAGGCAACUAGCGUUUUAAAAAAUUCACUUUUAAGUUCAUAAUCCUUAAGGUUGGGGCUUACUUUGUGUCUUUGAAGGUGAGUGAUUUUCUUUAUGCCUUUAGCCUUAUGACAACAGCAUGAUUAUUAAGCCAUUUCCUUUCUUUUAGUACAAAUGACUAGAAGUGUUUUUACCAAGAAUCUGAUUUAGUGAUUUAUGUUGCUAACUCAAAUUCCUCCUUACCUAAGUUCAAUACAGCUUCAGACGAGGUCAUCUUAGCUGUUACUUAGAUGUCAGUCAGCCAACCAGUGAUUUCAUGGAACUUGUUUAAGGAAAGGAAUUGGAGCUACUCGUCUUAUGCUUAGCCACUUAACCAAUGUAUUUUUACCUUUAUUCACACUUAAAUAUUAAGGGCUUUGUUGUUUUGGUAACUCCUGACAAUGUAAUUGGUGCUGAAUACAGAUUCACGCCUAAGGUCUGUUUAUAUUCACUACUGCCCUUAGUUAGCCCCUUGGGUAUUUCAUUUCCAUUUCUGCCCAGAAGGACAGAUGUCUUGACAUGUUACAAAAUAAUUAUAAAGGCCAAAUGAAACAUAGAGGUAAGUUUAGAUAUGUGGCAUUUAUCUGAAAAUGUGUUUCAGAAAACUGGAAUGAAAACCAUGAUUAAGCGAGAGACUGAGUACAAAUAAGUUGAUCCACAACUCCGUGGAAAACCAAGUUUCCCUAGGGUAGACUUAAUUUGAAGAAAGGCAAACUUGGAUUUUAGGUGAAGUGGUGGUUUAACAGACUAUUCUGACUUUAAAAUUCAAACCUUUCAGACUUUUGCUUUGGCCAGUCCUGGACAUUUGUCAUUUCGUAAUCAGGUUGUCUGUUUUUCUUCAAUAAAGUAUCCAUUAGUUACCUUUUGUCUUGAUUUUAUAUGAAGCAUUAGUUUAAUUCUCAGGUAUGCCUUUCUUUUCCCUCUAGUCUCCAAUUGGUUGACAGCACUUAGCUGUCUCUGUCUGUGUGUACUUAUACAGGAACACUUCCCCUGUAUUUUUCAUCUUGGAACAUACAGAGCAGCGUGCCAUUUCAACCUGGGUCUGACAUACUCUUGUGGCCCUGGACCCAUGUGUGCGGGAGCUUGGAGUUGUCGUUUGGAUUGGUGAUUAUUGUUAAUUCAAUCUGAUUCACAUCAAUACUGUGAAACUUGUGGAAAAGGCUUUUAGGAAUUUCUUUGCCUUUUUAAAGAGUCUGAUGCUCCUGUCAAAUAAAUGAAUGGUUUGUAAGUCCCCUUUGUUGCUGUCAGGAACCAUACCCCAAUUCCUGGCACACACAAAUAAAACUAUGUAAGAAAUGCCCAUUCUUCUUUAAAGUUUGCUUGAUUCAGUGUUGUUUUUUUUCCCUGUUAAUGUCAGAAACAUAUGCUUAUUGUGGGAAAAUUAUACAAUACAGAAAAGGAAAAGUAUUAAUUACCUGUAAUUCUAAUACCCAGGAGGGAAAAAGCACUGUCCUGUUCUUUUCAUAUUUCUAGUGGUCUCUCUGCCACUGGUGCAUGUUUUUACAUCGCUUCAUUCAUUCACAAUAUAAUUCAUAUCUUUGUUUUUUCCCCCCCAAUCUACAGGUGUUAUUCCAUGUCAUUAAAAAUUAUGUCAAUCUUUAUUAAUUGCAUGGCAUUCCAUUGUAUGGACGUGCCAUGAUUUGUUACCUCCUUUCUUCACUGGGCGUUUUAGAUUGCUUCUCAUAAUAUUACAAGUGAAUGUCUUUGUGCAUAAAUUAGUCCUUAGGAUAAAUUCUUAAAGUGGAGUUUCUAGGUCAAGUAUGAACACUUACAGUUCUUGAUUCACCCCACAUUUCCCAAGUGAUUUGUUAAUUUAUAUUCCAGCCAUUUGGUCUGAGAAGAACUGCCUAAUAUUUUCCAAGAAAAGGCACCGAUGAUCUCUAUGCAGACAUCUGCACAAAGACCCCCUUCUGUCCCUGAUGAGCUGGGCUAACUGAUUUGCUGGUAGUCGGCAGAGAUUCCUGGAUUGUCUCAGGAACGUAUUUAAGCUGUUUCUGAAACACCUGUAUAUGGCUAUCCGAAUGAUUUUUCACAUAGAUUUACUUGCUCUGUGAAAUAGCCUGAUGUCAGACUACAUCUUCCAUUGUUAGAAAAAUCUUUAAAACCAUUUGUGCCUAGAACCAGCCCUUAGUAGCCAGCUGUCUUUUUUCCUCUUCCUGUAGGCUCCAAUUUGACAUUUCUGAGCUUCCCAAAGCCAGUAGGAUCUCCCGAGCCAAAGACAGUCCAAUCCAAAGUGGAAAAGUGGUAAGGCUGAAUAAAACAAAAGAAGGGCCAACCUUUGCUUGUUUCACCUGGUGGUAUUUCAUGUUUGCAGUUGGAUCAUGGUGUUCUAAGCGUGGUUGUGGGGAAAGAAAAACAUUGCAUUCAUGUGUAAAAUGUAUUUCCUUGAUUGACAUACCAUAGUCAUUUUCCAAACCGCUUUUUUAAUUUCAGAAUGGCUUUUAAAAUUUAUUUUGUGUUCUCCGAGCUUCACUCUUAAGAGUGUUGUGUUAUAAAAUAGGAUAUACCUCUUACUUUGGCCUUCAGUCUAUUCAGCAAAUAUUUGCUAUCUUGUAAGUGUGUGUGGUAUAGAAUAGUAUGAAAGAUGUGAUUUCAGACUACAAAGGGCUUAAAUCAAAAUUUCAAAAUCAAGACUUCUUACCUCCUAAGCAACACUGGGCUAAUCACAUAAAUUUCCCAUUCCUUACAACAGCCCUUUGAAAGAAAGUGGUAUUGUCCCUAUUUUACAAGUGAAAAAACUGGUUUAGAUAAGUCUUGCAAUGGACUUGGGAAUCUGAAAUAGACUACCUCAAAAUCCCUCCAGUUAAAUAAAAGGCGACACUAAUUGACUAGGCUAUUUAAGAGACUGAUAGGGAAUCUAAAAAUUAUGAGAACUGAUUUCAGAGAGCCACGGGAAUAAGGAAGAGGGAUAGUGAGCCAUUUCAAAGGAAGUUUCAAGAUUUAGUGUCUGAUACAGGAGUCAGUGCUGAGGGCAUUUCCCAAACCUAGGUAACCAGGAUAAUGGUGCUACUUAAAGGGACAGGAGUCAGAAUGGAGAUUAGUUGGGGAAACUGGUGAGUAGUGAGUUAAGUGUGAGAUUUCAGAAAUGAAGUGGCUUUUUUGCAGUUUUUUUUAAGGAGUGCAGACUUAACCUUGUCCAUUAUUUUCACCAUCACUUCUCUGUUCUGUACACAUUCAAGUCCCACUUGCCCAUCCACCCAGCCCUUCUGCUCCCUAAACCAUGCUUGCUUGCAUCUCAGCCUUUGUUUCCCUCGUCACUGCCUUGACUGAAGUUGUGCCGUUCCCUUCGGUUCUCAUGGGUGUGGGCUGUGUUCUUGUUCCAUGUAUCUCAAGAGUUGCUGCCUUCCUCUGGUCAUUUCUAAAUAAUUUGUCCCCAGGCCUCUGACAAACAUCUGUCCCACUGCUGCACAUGCCAAGAGAUUAUGCUCUCAGCUACUUCUGCUCCUGUCAAGUAACUGAUCACUUCUUUUGAUUUGCUGAAGGCUUCACUUCCUGACUCUGUGUCCCCUGCCAUCUUGAAUUCCAUUGACCUGCAUCUCUUCUGUGCUCUUACAGGUUAUCCACCCAGCUGCCAAGCAUGCGUGUGAAAUUAUGGUUACUGCAACAUUUUCUUCCUCUAGAACUCCCUACCACUGCAUAAUUCCUUCUGUUUUUCUCUGUACUUCGUGCCCAGCAUAGACAGCUUUGCACAUACGCUCAGACCCCUUUUCUAAGUCACCUGUCAGUCCUCUAGCAUCACAUGGUUCUUUUGUCCAUCUUCAUCAGUUAUCACAGAUACGACCACUCCUUGUCAGACCACUCCCUUCUCAGCAAAGGACCUUCCUGAUUGAACCAGAAGACAGUACAUAAGCUUUUCUCUGCUGUGCUGCCUGCAUCCUUGCCUCGUUAUUACAGCCUGGGAGGACCAGGUAGACCUGAGGGCCAGUUCAGCCAUAUGGGCUUUUGACUCCUGCCAUUCUCAGGGCCUUCUCCAUCAGACUUUCUCGCUUCCCUUCAUGCUUUUCACCUCUCUGCUGGGUUUCUUUUUUCUUUUUUUGGCUUAUAGUUUCACAUAUCAAAUAUUUGAGAUCCGUUAGGGGCCCAGCAUUGUCAGACACUCAGAACAUGAGCUAGAUAGGUGUCUACCUUCACCAAAGUUGUAUUUUAGCAGAAUAUAGAGAUUUGUGAAAUGGGGCAGUUAGAAUACAGUGGUAAAAAGCAAGAGUUCAGGGUGCUACAGGUGUUUGUGCACCGGCAACUGAUUCCAUGGAAGUAACAUGCAAGUAGAAACGUUGAUUGGAAGUUUUUCAAGUGGAGGAUUGAAAACAUUCAGAAUGGCUGGAAAUGUACUAGGAAUAUUAAGGGAAGUAUGUAAGAAGUCACGUAAAGCAGUGAGAGGCACUGAAGAGUUUCCAUGAUCAUUAAUAGUAAAGCGCAUUGUUGGGUGUGGUGCGAUUGUCUCCAUUUUGCAAGUGUGGAAACAGAUUCUGAGAGGGUAAGUGACUUGCCUGAGGUCAUAUAACUUGUAAGUGGGGAGCCAGGCUUUCAGCCACCUUUCAAACACCUCAGCAGGGUCUAUCAUAGUCAUUCUACCUAACAAUAGGCGUUCCUUAACUGUUACUAUCACAUCACUGUUUAUAUCCUAUGUGGCACUAAUCACAGCCUGUUUAUGUGUUGGUUCACUGUGUAUUGUCUGUUUUCCCUACUAGAUUGUAAGCUCCGUGAGGGCAGGGGUGAUAAUCUCAUUUCACUUGUACCCCAGAGCCUAACAUGGUGUGUGGUGCAUAGUCAGUGCUCAAUAAAUAUUUGUGAAUGAAGAAAUGGUGCAUAAUUUUGUAUUUGACUCAUACUGACAGUGGAAUCAUAUAAUAUCCGAGCAGCAGGCAGUUACCAAGAGGAAAACAAGGUGUAUCUUUAAGGCAGAUGGCAGAGAUGAAAGGCUAGGGAGAUUCAGCACACGGACCUAGCCUCCAAAGUUGCACAGGGACAAGGGCUGGGAAUGGG